AUGGGUGGAAAGAGGAAGCGAAAUACCGUCAAACCCAACUCCUCUCGGGUUACACAACGCCCAGCUACUUUACCAGCUCAGUAUGACUUCGUACCGAGGGAUCCAUCUCCGUCGAUCCCACCCGUUCUCCCUAAGAACAAACCUCUCCCUAAGAACAAUCCUCUCCCAUCUGUUCGCGAUUAUCCUCCUCCGAGAAAGCUGUUUCCGGAAACGAACUUUCCACCUUCUCAAUCAGCUCCGUCGCCUCUCACUCCAGCUGCUGCGACGUCUCAACCUCAACAGCGACAAACUCAGUCGACUGAACGUAUGAACACACUUCCUCCAAGUCAACCGGCUCCAGUUCGAGCAUCUCAAUCGCCUCACAGUUCUGAAGCACAAAAUUCUCGUUUUCCAGAAGAGGAGGAGGAGGAUAUGUCCGAUGUAGAGGCUCCGGUUCAACCUAAUCUCGCCUCUGACCAUAUGGAUCUUUUGAACUCCCUCCUAAACCAGCCAGGUCGAGCGAAGAACACAAUUGUCCUGUCUCGCAACCUUGAGCCUGGAACCACAUGGUUUGGGUAUAACAAGUCGAGCUUGUCUAGGAAGAUUACCAAGAUUUUAAAGAACAAGUUUAAUAAGCCUUUCUACAGCUGGACUCGUGUGCCUAGAGACAGACAAGAACGCUACUUUCUGGAAUUUGCCAAAACUCACACAUGGGAUCCAUCAUUGACUGGUGUUGUGCAAGAACAUUUCGAGGCCAUUGCUCUUCUACGAAUGAAAGACAUGGUCAGCGAAGUAAGGACAUCUCGGCAGCAGCCUAAUUGGAUAGGCGACACACUCUGGAAACUAAUGACCGACUAUUGGGACACUGACGCUGCGGUUGCAAAGAGUGCUACAGCAUCAGCAUCUAGAAUGUCUGACCUUCAAGGUCUUGGCUUUCACACACAUAACUCUGGCCAGAAGUCUUAUAUGCAGCUCCACCAAGAGAUGGUUGUUGAAUUGGGAAGACCAGUGAGCUUUGGUGAAGUAUUCAUCAGAGCUCAUACAAAGUCAGAUGGAACCUUUAGUGAUUUCAAAGCUAAACAAGUUAUUGAGGCUUUCAAGAAGCAAAAAGAAGCUAAGUUGGCCACCCUUGAGACUGAUGAUCACACCGAGACUGGGCAGCAUCCACCACUAUCAAUAGAAGAGGAGAAUGAGCUGUUUAUUCAGGCCACUUUCACCAAUGACAGGGGGCAAAUUUAUGGCCUUGGAAGCUUGAAGAACCAACUUAAUGAAGUGGCAUAUGACUCAAGAAGCUUGUCCUCUUUCAUCCAAAUGCAACAGCAACUUGAAGAAGCUCAACGUCAAAUCAAAGAACAAGCUGCUCUUCUUGCAAAGGCUGAGGAAGAUCGUGCCCAAGCUGCUGCUGCUGCGGCAAUGGUUGAGGAAGAGCGUUCCAGAGUUAUAGCUACUCAGCAAGCUACGAUCGAUGAGUUGUUAAUGGUUCGGAAGUACAUCGCCACCACAGACCAGAGAUUCUUGGACUUCAUCUCCAAAGAAACAGCUUCAUCUGAUCCCCAUCAUGUUUAG